GUACUGUCGGGGACGUUGGGAGCAGUAGAUCAAAGCGCGUUGUGGUGGAGGCGGCGUCGGUACGCUGCUUUUACUCCGCUCAUUACUCGUCAGACAGCGUUUUCUCGCAUUAUCGAUUCGAUUUAAUCCACUCAGUUUUCCACUGGUAAUUAUUUCGGCCGCGCUUCUAUUGGUCGUUAUUCAGCGGUUCCAUCAACCCCAAGUUCCCAUGUUUCUCUCAUGUUUACCCUGCUGACUCAGGGGAGAAACUUUUUUAAUAUUCGAAUCGUGUCCAUAGUCGAACAUGCUGCUACCAACAAACUCAACACCUGUCGGUUUUCAGCAAGAACUUUAUCACAGUGUUACGGAAAAAACUAAGUUUUUUGCCUCGAAAUGUCUGAAUAGGAGUAUGAGUCCUGGUGGUGAUAGAAUGAACGAUUCGUUUCGGGGGAAGUUCAGGCUUUGCGUUUGCACGCUACCGAGGAAAAAUAACAAAAAAACCACCAAGUGGUACGUAAAGCAGCCCACAUGGCGACUGUGGGGCGAGGAAAAAGCGGAUGGCGCUCUCUACACUGUCUACCUCAAAAAAGUUCGUUACCAUCGACCAACAAGAAGUUUAUCAUCGUCGCACUCGGAUUCAGAUGACGAGAUCUCUCACUUGGAAUGGGAGACGGUUCGUGUUCGAUUUGUGAAAGCCGGCACUUUGAAAAAGUUGGUUGAAGCUCUGUCCACGGACGAUGGCGAGCUUGAAACCACUUACAUUAACGUGUUUUUGGCCACGUAUAGGAGCUUUUCAACACCCAGGGAAGUCCUCAAGUUGCUGCUGCAACGCUACGAGGAACUCACCGAUGUGCCUCCUAAUGGGAAGAUAGAUCAACAUGAACAACACCGGAAGACUCUCAUCUCAGCUCUACACGUAUGGUUGGAUAGUUACCCAGAGGAUUUCAAGGAUCCGCCGAAUCACACAGCCCUCAAUCAUUUGCUUCACUUCUGCGAGGAGUUUUUGCCUGCUACCGAGUUACAUGCCAAAGUGCAACACAGGUUGGAGAGAUACAGCAGAGAAGCUCAAGCGGACCCGUUGCUGACGCCGCCACCGGCUUUUGCCCUACGGGCGGCGGCGGUCGGAUGGAAGGUGUACAAACUUCCGGAUGUUCCGGUGCGGCAUUUUGCUGAGCAGCUCACGAGAAUGGAUGUGGAUCUCUUUAAGAAACUCGUCCCUCACCAGUGCCUAGGCGCCGUGUGGUCUCGCCGAGACAAGAGUCGAUCCCACGAGGCCGCGACCGUCUUGGCGACAGUAAACCAAUUCAACGCCGUCUCUUUCCGAGUCAUAUCGUCAAUUCUAGUCGAACCUGGUCUCAGGGCCGCAGACAGGGCACAAAUUAUUUCUUGUUGGAUAGAUAUAGCGCAGGAACUGCGUCUCAUCAAGAACUUUUCCAGCCUCAAAGCCAUAAUAUCCGGGUUACAAAGCAACCCGAUUUACCGAUUACAGCGGACUUGGCAGUGCGUCCCUAAAGAAAAAAUCGAGUUAUUCGACGAGCUCGCCAAGAUAUUCAGCGAAGAUAACAAUCAGUGGACCCAAAGAGAGUUGUUGAUGAGGGAGGGAACUGCCAAAUACGCAGAUACAGUGGGCGAGAAUGACAAACAACUGCAGAAAAUAUUCCAGAGACAGAAUCACCACACGGCUAAUAUUUCGUUCGGGACGAUUCCGUAUCUGGGGACUUUCUUGACGGACUUAACCAUGAUUGACACUGCGAUACCUGACGUCAUAGGAGACGCUUUAAUCAAUUUCGACAAGAGACGCAAAGAAUUCGAAGUUUUAGCACAAAUCAAAUUACUCCAGGGCGCUGCGAACGCCUACCAUUUCGGUGCGGAUGCUGCGUUUGACAGGUGGUUCGAUUCCAUCUUAGUAUUAGAUGAUAGAGAAGCCUACCAGCUCAGUUGUCAGAUUGAGCCUUCGCAUUCAGGGAAUAAUGUGAAAGCUAAAAAGAAACACUCAACCGGCCAUCAGAAGAAUGAUUCCAUAGCGAGCACGUCAAGUAGCAACAGUUCUCAAUUUUAUUGUGAUAUUGACAGCAUGCCUAGUUCGCCGCACAAUAGUAUCGAUCGGAAGUUGAGUCCUUCGCAAAUGUCCAAUUCGAGUAGCAAUUCGUCGUUGCCAUCGUUGGAUGUUUCGUUGAACAGUUCGCAUUCAGGUGGCGCCAGCAAUAAAUUGCAAGUCCCUUACGGUGGCAAUACUGGAACGCUGAGUCCGAGUCAUUCACAGAAGAGUAGCCCGGAUUUUUAUAUUAUUAAAGUUACUUAUGAGACGGAUAGUGUGGAGACUGAUGGGAUAGUCUUGUAUAAAAGUAUUAUGUUGAGUAAUAACGAGAGAACGCCUCAGGUUAUCAGAAAUGCCAUGUACAAGUUGGGAUUGGAAGGAAAUCCCGACAAAUACACACUAGCUCAAGUUUUGCCUGAUAAAGAAAUGGUUCUCCCUUCAAACGCAAACGUUUACUACGCGGUGAACCCAUCCUACAACCUGAACUUUAUUUUACGUCCCAAAAAAUCGGAGGAAUCAGACGUAGCCGGGAAGAAAGGAAAAUGAAAUCAUAUAGAUAACAUAGGUACAACUGUUUUAAUUAUUUGGUAAAUUUUAAUGUUGCGCUGUUUUGACAAAUAACGGAACAAAUAACAUCUGUGAUAAAAGCACAAAUACUCUCUUUAUACAUCACAUUUUGUGUUUUAUAUUUUUAUUUAUUUAUUUUGUCUUACUGUUACGAAUAUGAUUUUGAAGAGUUGUAAUAACACAUUAGUGAAUGUCCGAUUAGGAUUCAAUGUGCUGAUAUAAUACUAGCAUGGAUUGUUUUAUUUAUUAUAUUUUUUAAUUUGAAGCUUUAUCAUUUUUGUGUAAUUAAUGUAUAAAUUAAUAGUGGGCUAAGUAUUGUAAAUGUGAACAAAUGUAAUUUAUUGUACUUACCAGUGUAGAGCCUGUUACUCGAGUAGGACCAACUUUUUUCAUUUCUAGCCUGACCAAUUAACAUGUAUGUAUGAUGAUAGUGAAUUGUCACGUUUGUUACUCUACUGGUACUUAAUAUUGGUAAGAUUUCCAAUGUCUACAGUAGAUUCUUUCUAAUGUACCUAUUUUUGUAAUAAAGUCAUUGUGAAAUUUA